AACACUGUUUUUAAGAUGGCGAUGGAUUAGUAUUUUCGUUUCUGCGUUACUUUCGUCCUUAUGUUUGUCGCGUAACUUUUAUGAUGAAUUUGUAACCUUUCAUUAGUCGGAGACAUCUUGAAAGGGCACCUUGGCGAGGCGUCGAUGGCGUCGCCCUACCAGCAGCAGGUGCUGGGCGGCCCCAUGGGGACCGGGAUGGGGCCCCCCCUGCUGUCCCCGCAGCAGCAGGGGGGCCCCGGCUUUGCGGGGGCUCCCGACGCCGGGGAGCCUGUGCAGGCCCUGCAGCACAAGGACCUGAACACGGUGAUGAUGUGCCGCGUGGGGCAGGAGACCGUGCAGGAGGUGGUGGCCAAGGCCAUCGAACUCUUCCAGAACCUCAAGGCAUUGCAGCCCCCGACGGGCGUGGCGUCCAGCAUGGCCGGCCAAGAGGAACGGCGGCUCAAGCUGCAGGACACGCUCCGUACGGUGGGCAUGCUUUUCAAGAGGCUGCACCGCGUCUACAAUAUCUGCAGCGACUGCGGCCCCAGUGCAGGGAGCCAAUACACACCCAUCGAGCCCGACGUGACUCUUCAAAGCCUCGUUCCAAUGAAAGACGAGGCCAAGACCAGCGAAGAGAAAAAGCCAUCAGAGGUCACCCGCAGCCUCCAAGAAGAAAGGGCGAGGCUUACGGAGCAAGUGGUGAUCAAGAACAGGCAGCUCAAGGAAGUGCUGGAUGCCUUGCGCAACAUCAUCUGGGAAAUCAACACCAUGCUGGCCAUGAGGAAAAGGCACUUGCAGUUCAGCCACCGGGUAUCAUCCCUGAAUCCACCCAAGUGACACCGCAGGAACGGCACAAUAAAACUUGGGUUAGAAACCUUA